AUGGCGAGUAAAGGGGUACGGGGUCUCAAUGAGGCCAUGAGGAGUCUCAGUCUAUCAUCACAGACCUGCAGAGAAGCAGCCUCUCACCGGAUACCAUCUUCGACUUUCACACGCUCGAUGGCGACUGAAGCCCCUCUGCCUACCAUCGAGACCACUGCAGACACCACGCCCGCGGCCGGUUCUCUAUGGAGACCAGCAACCACCGUCCCCUUGACCAUCUUCAACUUCCCCUCCUUCGAGCCGCAACGCCUCGAGUCCUGGUCCUCCAAACACCUCAACCUCCCGCUGCGCCGCGACAUCCUGCACCACGCCGUGGUCUACGAGGGCGACAACACACGGCAGGGCACGGCCUCGUCCAAGACGCGCUACGAAGUAGCAGGUUCGCACCGUAAGAUGGCGCCGCAGAAGGGCACGGGCCGCGCGCGCGUGGGCGACAGGCAGUCGCCGAUCCGGCGCGGCGGCGGCAAGACGUUCGGCCCCAAGCCGCGCGACUUCGGCACCAAGAUCACGCGCAAGAUGUACGACCUGGCCUGGCGCACCGCGCUGAGCUACCGCUACCGCCGCGGCGAGCUGGUCGUGUGCCAGGACGGCAUGGAGCUGCCGCUGCCCGACGCCUUCGAGGCCAUGGUCGCCCGCGGCGACCUGCCGCAGGACGAGCUGCGCCGCAGCUUCAAGGCCAAGUGGCUGACCCAGGUGCUCGAGACCAACCAGUGGGGGCGUGCCAAUGGCCGCAGCACCUUCAUCACUGGCGACAGGCGGCAGAACCUCUUCGAGGCGCUGGACCUCGUGCCGAAGCAGGGGCGCGCGCUGGGAUUGGGCAUGGUCGAUGUCAAGGAUCUCCUGGAAACGGGCCGUAUUAUCAUCGAGAGAAGUGCGCUGAAGGAGAUGCUCAAGCAGCACCAGAGCGAUCUUGUGUCGAGCGUGUUCGUUACGAAUGCUGCCCUGCCGAGGAGGCCCCAGAGCGGCCAGAUUCUGGUCGAAUAG